AUUGACAUGUAUGUGAUCAUACUAAAUAUUUUUUUUUUUCUGUGCACAUAUGAGGUACAUAUCGCUGCCAUGAAGCGCCCAUAUAGUGACAGUUCUCUGCCCGCUUCACUGCCGUCACGCGACCGCAGCUCAGGUUUUGCUUGCCUCGUGUGUUUUAAAUUACUGUAAAUUUGAUAGUAUAUCGUCAUAGGCACAGUCCCGAGUCUGUUGAGAAAAGUAGAACACUAAACCAUGCUCGCUAGAUUUGUGUGGUGUUUUUGUCUUUUUGAGCAGCAUUUGAUAGGCUCCACGUUAACAAAUAUGUGACAAAGUCGUUUCCUUUCAUUUUAUGACUCGUUCACCGCAUAGUCAUUACUGGAAAGUCAAGUUAGCAGCAAGCUAGGUCAGGAACCGGAGGACCGAAUCACUGAACGGGAAGUGACAAAACUCAGUCUUUCCCCCCUGCCUGCACGCUGGCUGCUUAUUGGCCACACGUGGAAAUGAGUGACAUACGCCAUGAUUCUGUUUCCGCUCCCUCCCCUGCCCGCGAUGAGGCUGGCGUCUGAUUGGUCGUGUGCGAUGUCAGAAGACGCUGCCGCUUGCUCAACGCCCUCCCACGCAGCGAACAAGCGCCACCAACUUCAUAGAACGAAUCAGUGCAGAUGGUGAUUAGUUCGGUCUCGUUCACCCAAACAAUUCGUUCAAAAAGAACGAAUCGUUCGCGACCGAUACAACACUAGUGCCAGCAUGGACUCAUGUUCACUAUAGUGGUGGUCUGCGCACAAUAGUGCCCACAGUCAGCUGGCCCACCUUGCAAAAAAAAGUAUCUGGUCACACCUGCCACAACCGUUCCUUGCGAGAGACUUUUCUUUGACAGGGUACAUUGUUCAAAAGAAAAGGUCUCUGUUAUCUGAAAAUGUCAACAAGCUAGUUUGCCUGGGAAGUUGGUUAAGAAAAAAUAAGUGUAUGGCUAACUUAAGCAGUGUUUCUAAACACCUUUACACACAGUUUAGUGUAAUGUUUUUCAGUUAAGUGUCUGAUUUUUUAAAUAUUUUUUUCCCCUUUAAAUCUCACAGCUUUCAGGCCAUUUAGUGUAAAAUUGCAAAUGCUGCAUUUAUUUGUGUGAAAUGUUGAAUUUAACAGACAAGUUGUUUACACAUUUUUUGAAACACUAGCUAUUGUUACUGUAUUGUGCUUGUCUGCUCUUUAAAUUGGCAGUUAAUUUUGGGUAAUAUGGCAAACGUUACUUUAGCCACAUUGCUAGUCUGAGGCACUUUAAACUGUUAAAGCUCUUUGCUGUAUAAUGCAGACUAUUUAUUUAUUAUUUCAUACGAGCUGAGUUGUUAAAUAAAAUUUUAAAACUCUAUUUGGUUAAGUAUUAAUUCAUUCACACAUCAUACAUUUCAUCUUAAAACAAAUUUUAAGUCAAUUAUAGUAUUUUCCUAGUUUUUUUUUUUUCCUGUAAGAGCAACUUUAUUUAUCCCAAGAGAAAUGUGAUUAAUCAUGAUUAAUCACACAGUUGACAUAUGAUUAAGUAGAUUAAUUUUUUAAUCGUUUGACAGCGCUCAUAUAUAUAUAUAUGUAUAUAUAUAUAUAUUUAUGUGUAUAUAUAUUAUAAUAGCACUUAUACCAUAGUUUAAGGAAAACAAGCAGAAUAUAGGGCAUAAGAGAUAAACAAUGCCGCCUUAUCACGGAAGCCCAGCGCGUGCGUCAUACAACUAACUGAGCAAGAUUGACGCUGACAAGCACACGUCUGCACCACCAAGUCUCGCAAUCGAUUCUCCCGGACAGUCCACAACGAAAGGCGGGCUGGUCUGUCCUAAUACGAGGAGCCCCGGAGAAUGCCAAAAUAACUGAUAGCACGACUGACAAGACUCCAAGAGCCCCUUUGACGCUGAGGUGGCAAAAUCCACAAUCCUCAUUGCCCGGACAAUGGUAACUUCCAAAUCCUCCUGUCCAAUCCAUAAACAGACAAUAAUCCCAAACACACCCUUCUUCCGGCCCGCCCCGCGAAAGCCUUCAAAAGACUGAAUGUUUAACUAAUCCUCAUUUUUCUCGGGAACCUUUUUGUUGACUUCUAAUAUUGUAACCCUGGAACGAGUUUGCCUCCUCGCCUGAGUGUUUGUUUCGCCUUGCCGUUUCGAUCUAUAUAUUGGUGUAUUAGAGUAAUACAAACAGACGGUGCCAAUGAGAAAAGGUACUAUCUCCUUCAAUAUGAACCGUUAUUAUUAUACUGUACUGUAAUCUCUUACAUUACCAUAUUAAGUCUAAAAGAUGACACAAAAAUCAUCAAAUUCAUACCAGAACGUCACCCGUCAAAAGAGCAGAGUGCCCUCAAGUGGACAAAAAACAUUGUUACCGUUGAUUGGUAUCAUGUGGUUUUGUUGCGACAUCUCAUUGGUGACCACCAGUAUCGGCAUCCCUGGCAAAAAUAAAGUCAAUAUGUAGAACAAAGAAGGAAAAUAAAACGACUCAACUGAAGCCCAAAGUAGCUUAGUAAGAGUAGUGUUUCUUCUUCACAAAUCUAGUUAGAAGUAUUGCGUUGUAAGACUACUCUAGGAAGUACAUUUUUCUCAAAAAGUUAUUCAAGGAGCAAAUGUAACACAAUACUACCCACCUCUGAUGAAAUGUACAUAAAUGUUUUUAGAACUUUAAUCCGUCUAACAAGAUAUUUAUAACAAGGUUAAAUAAUCCGCCAUGCAUUUAGGGCGCGAAAGUUGAGCCGCGAAAUCAUGUUAAUAUGAGUAACACUUGACUGACAGUCACUUUUUCUACUCUUUAUUGACGGUCCCUAAACGAGUCGGUUGCCCCUAGCAUUUGGUGUAAACAAUUUGUACUCUGUUGACGCUUUGUUGGAACCGACUUGUUCGAGUUUUGUGCUCAGGUGGAUUGCGCCUCUGAUAUUCACGACGUAACUCGCUUUUUAAACCAUAACGUGACUUUAACGACGUCAUUUAUGUCGAUUCUUUUGACGCGCUAGCUAUUUUUGACGCCUCCAUUUCAGCGUGAAUAUCACCGUUUUUUAAUACAACGUAGUCACGAGGACUGAAAAGGACGUCGUGGUUUGGGAUUAAUAAACGUUAACAUCUAACCAGGCCGCUUCAUACUCAAGCAUUAGUUCAUUUUGAGAAGUAUAUUCCAAGAAAAAGAUUAAGACCAAGCCAAAUUUAGCAAUGUGCAGCGAAUACUAUGACAAGCUUGAGAUAAACAGGAAUGCUACAGACGCAGACGUCAAAAAGGCAUAUCGACGUCUGGCACUCAAGUUUCAUCCGAGCAGCAACAAAGAACCUGACAGUGCUGAGAAAUUUUACCAACUGGGUGAAGCCUAUGACGUUCUGAGUGACCCUCGAAAAAAGGCAACUUAUGACAAAUUUGGAGUGGAAGGCCUGAAAGGUGGAAUUCCUUACGAGUUUGGCAGCGGCGGCGCUUGGUCAUCCAAAUACGUCUACCACGGAAAUCCGGACAAAACCUUCCGGCAGUUUUUUGGCAGCGACAAUCCAUUUGCAGACUUCUACACACAUGACAUCCCACUCCUGUUGGGUGGCCUUCUACCAGAGGAGGUCAAAACACAAGAUCCCCCUAUCGAGAGAGAUCUCCAUUUGUCCCUGGAUGACCUCUUCCACGGCUGCACUAAGAAAAUUAAAAUAUCUCGAAGGGUGAUGAAUGAUGAUGGCUACACGUCAGGUAUUAAGGAUAAGAUUCUCUCUAUUGACGUAAAACCCGGAUGGAAAGAAGGCACAAAGAUUAUUUUCUCUAAAGAGGGAGAUCAGGGCCCCAACAAGAUUCCUGCAGAUAUUGUGUUCAUAGUACGACAGAAGACCCACCCUCAGUUCAAAAGACAAAACAAUGACUUGAUCUUCAAGGCCCAAAUCUCACUAGCAAUGGCCCUGACUGGGUGUUCUGUCAAUGUGGAAACACUAGAUGGCAGGCUACUCAACGUUCCCAUCAAUGACAUUGUGCACUUCACAUACCAAAAAGUGGUGACCGGAGAGGGGAUGCCACUCUGCCAAAAUCCUUCACAGAGAGGAAACCUUAUUCUCAUUUUUGGCAUCCAGUUCCCAGAGAGGCUCUCCCCAGACAGGAAGGAUCUCAUCAAGCAAGCUCUACUUUUUAAAAAUUGAUCACAUUCCUCCCCCUUUUAUUUAUUUUCUUGCCAUAACGAAGCAGGGAAGAUAAAUGUAAGUCCCUUCUGCUUCAACAUAAAUGCAGUGCAAUCUGCUGAGUCAUGCUGAAAACACAAGAACACUUUGCACUGUACACAAAAUGAGAUCCAUACGUUCAUUCCUCCCGACACAUGCAUUGGUCAUCAGUAAAUAGGUAUAUUCAAUAUAUUGCUGUAUUUAGUAAAUUACAAAUCUAUUAAAAAGUGCUUUUGAAUUGAAUUUGACUACUUUGAGUACCGUAUUUUCCGCCCUAUAUGGCGCAUCGGAGUAUGAGGUUCAACUUUAAUGAAUGAACGUAUUUUAAAACUGUUUUCAUAUACACUGCUGGCCAAAAGUAUUGGCACUCCUGCAAUUUUGUCAGAUGAUGCUCAAUUUCUCCCAGAAAAUGAUUGCAAUUACAAAUGCUUUGGUAGUAAUAUUUUCAUGUAUUUUGCUUGCUUUGAAAAAACACAAAAGAGAAUGGGGGGAAAAAAGAAAUCAUUAUAAUUUUACUAGGGCUGUCAAAAUUAUCGCGUUAACGGGCAUUAAUUUAUUUUUUUAAAUUAAUCACGUUAAAAUAUUUGACGCAAUUAACGCAUGCAAUGAAUGACCCGCUGGCAUAUUGCCUCAAACAUUACAAUGAGGCCGUUUAUGGACAUUAAGAGUGAAGAGAAUACCACCGGCCGCUUGGGGGCAGCGCCGUUCAAAACUCAUGUCUUCUAAACGUGGGAGAAUUAGUAGUUGUGAGACGUAUAUGCUGUAUUCACAAUGCUAUGCAAAUUGCUAUUUGUGCUCCACACAUAUUUCGGUAAGUUUUCUUUCUUUUAGUGGCAAUUAUGUGUCUCUUGUUUUAUUUUGGGUAAGAUAUAUACAGAUACAGUAUAUGUUAUACAGUAAAGGCGAGUGGACACAGGCGUUCUUUGGAGCGCGCCGUUUAUUGGCAUAAGCUUCUCCUUCACAACAUAAGUAUUGUUUAGUGAAAGCACAACAAAAAUAAUAUUCCUAUCUCUCAAAAAAAAAAAAAUGUUCUCAAAAAGAAAAGCACUUCAGUCUAUAAU